AUGCUUUACACUGCUUAAAAUCGACGCUACUUUUUGAAAAUUGAGUACCUGAUCUGAAUUGGCUUGCACGUUAGCUUUCCCAAAUUUCUUCUCCGCGUCCUCACAGCAUCUUCUCCUUUUCUGCUCACUACCAUGGAAAUCGAUUAUAAAAAAUCCUUACCCACAAACUGUCAAGCACCGAAAGCAGUUUUCUAUGUACAAAAUCUGCUCCAUAGUCGUUUCUGACUCACUGUUGACUGUGUUAAAUCUUUGUUUAUUUCCUCCCAAAUCCACCUGUGAAUUUCUGCCUGGUUUUCAAGCUUGGAGCCUCUCAAUUCAAAUAUUCCCUGCUCAUUAUUUAAUUCUGUUGGUAUCUUUUAAAUCCUGUAAUCCAUGAGCACCAGUCGAGUGUGACCAUUUCUCAUAGUGAAAUCAGACCUGUGAUCUCUGUCAAAUGGUGGGAAGUGCAGUGGGAGUGAAGAAAUUGUGGAAAUCUCUGCGCACUUCUGUGGGUGCCAGUGGGAGAUUGAUCAAACAGAAGCUGAGAAAGAAAAAGGGGCCUGUUGACGAGCGAUUUGAUCACUAUAACUUCUCUGACGAUGAUGAAGGGGAUGGAAAAUUGGGGAAAAAAUUGAGGAGCUGGAAAUUAAAAGCCAUGGGGUGUAUUGUUGGGGAUUCUGUGAUCGAAUCCGGGAAAGAUCACUUUGUGUAUGUCACUGAUCUUUACUCCUCUGUUCCGCCCCCUGUUCCGAUGGAUUCUGAGGAUACUGAGAAGAUCAAAGCAGGGCUAAAUGACGGCGCUAGUGGCAGUUCUCCGGCAGAAGACAGAAUAUCUGUGAGCUCUGAUGAGCAGAAAUUGAAGGCUGAAGCAUCUGAGGCUUCGAAUUCCAAGAUGAAGAAGAAGAGCGUUUGGUGGGCAGAGUUGGAAAAAGGAACAGAGGAGGAAGUAGAUGGUCAUGCAGACGAAUUUAUUUCCAAAUUUUAUGAUGAUAUCAGAUUGCAGAGACAGAAUUCGUUUGUGGAGUAUCGGGAGAUGCUGGAGCGCGGAACUACUUCUAGUUAGCAGAGACUGAGUCUGAUUCCCCUGUUUAUAUGUAAAUGUGCUGUUUUUUUUUGCGGAUUUAUGUUGUAUUCAUGUGAAGAUGGAUUUGUUGGCUUGGGCUUUUGUGAGUUCUGAGCAGCAAAUUAAUGAUCUGUUGUCUUGGAUGUACUGUAACUGUGAGAAGAUUUUCUCUUUUUUUUCUUCCGUUUCUGGAACCCCCUUGUCUACGGAGAUAUUAGAUCAGAGAUUAAUGGUCUGUUUUAUUGUUGUUGUAUGGAGAAAUCUUGAAUUUUGAUUCCGGAUUUCGGCGCUCUGUUCAAGUUGUAGAUGGCCAAUUUGGUAUCUUGAAAACCGUUUACUGUAAAAAAAUUUAAAUAGCUUGUUACUUUGUG